AUGGACACCGAGGCGACUUGUCGCCUCAUUGAGUCAUCUGGUGGCCCGAAAACUGGUAAACUUGGCCGCGAUUCAGACCCCAACGCCAUAUUGCACGAUGACCAGAUUUCCACUCUCGUCCUUCUUGACGACAGGGAACUCACUGUAGUCAACGUUCUUGCUUUGACGCCCAUGAUCGGGACAAGGCCUGCAAACCACCCAUCCUCCCAUAUUCUGUUCAGCUCGACCGUUCAUAUGUAUAACGCAAUGAUCAAUAGCACCGCAGACUUUGAUCAUCUUCCGGCAUCGUUUAACAAUGCACACGUUGCUUUCGUGUACUGCGUUAAAGUGCCCACAAACAUUACAGGCGCCUUCAGCUUUGGAACUGGUAAACAUGAUAGAAGCAAGCCGUGCCAAUCGACUCCCACGCCAACUUCUGCCCACGCCCUGCAUCCAGCGCGGAACAGAAUGCAGGACGCACUGCGACCAAACGAUGAGACAUUCAAGCGCGUGUAUGCGACUGGGUACCAAACAUGGAUUGAACUUUACCAUCGUGCCAUUGACAGUCCACUGGAAUUUCCGUCUUCAAACAUGGCGAACGCGUUCCCAAGCCAUCCACGCAUAAUUCCACAGCUGGAGUUGGACAGAAGAUCGACCUGCGUUCUACACGCAAUUGGACGAACAGUCUGGGAAACAGCCGACAAGAACUGUGACUUGCCAUCUUUGACAAUGAAGACGGCGCUACAGGUAACAGCAACCUGUGCAACUCGUGUCCACCUUGAGGAUAGCUGCCAAACUACACCCUGGAACCAAUUUGGCGAGCACGGCGACCAUAUACCAAUUCUCACUCUUGCUUGGGCGUAUGUCCUUUCUGCGCGCUGGGCAGAGAUCAUUCCUGGGGCUACUAUGGAGUAUACGAACAGCCGUGCACCAUUAUUCCCGACUUGCGAGUCAAUACGCUGUGAUAGCACUCCUGUACAGCUAGGCGACAUGACUGACCACGCGUUGCGAUGGUGGGAGGCUGUUUUAGCUACAGACGAGGGGUGGGACGCCUCCAUUCUUCAUAAUACGCAAAAUCUCAAGUCUCCAUGGUCGGUGAGCCUUCAAAUGCCAGGCAUGUCAAUUCAUCUCAAAAGCAAACCUGCGACCCUGCACAAUCAUGCUCCAGCAUCAUACGCCACAGCGAGUAGCUACAUCCUUGCGUAUGUAGCUUAUCACGGCAUUUACGACCAGAGUUGCGCAGCAUUCGCCACCGCCCUGCUUCUACCAACACGACAUCGAAUAUCGAAAUCUGUUCACUGGGCGCGUCCACACUUCCCUGCCAAACAUGGCGUACCGCCCAUGAAGAGCCACGGACAGCCACCUUGGGGAAGAGAUAAGCAGCAGCUCGACAAGCUACUCACUAUGAGCUGCAAUACCAUAGGCAUGCAGUCCAUUUUAAAUAGCAGCUUUAUCGAGCCGGACCUACCAUGCAACAUCUGCGGCGCAUGGUUGCAAGGGACUUUUGCAGUUCUAGAUGCCCCAUCCGCUCAGAAACCUGCAGUCCUUGCGCAUAUGCUGAUGCAAAAAUCACCACAUCUUGACUUUCUCUGGCUAGGAGCCAUACUGUUGGACGUGCAUCCGUAUAUCAUGAGGUGGGCAAGACCGGCUGCAUGGCUCAUCGAUUUACAAGCGGCUGCUUGGACGGGCACGUUUGUCUCAUUUAUACAGAAGCCUGUUUCUGUCGAGCAUUCCAAGGGUGAAAUCACUCGGGCUGACGAGGCGCGACUGAUGUUCCUAGCGCAAAGCGAGUACCAUUGCUCACCGCCCCUGGUACCAUUUUCGCCAUUUGGCUUCAUUGCGCUCAAAGACUGUAUCCUAGACGUGCAGCUGCACGCCUGUUGCGCUGGUGAGCAUGGUUUACGAUAUACGGGCAUAUCGUGGGACUGUAUGGACAAGACUACAAUAUUUCAGAAAGGGGCUGCGGAUUCGUGGACGAAUACCAAACCAUUGAUGAAGAUAGCGGGUGGUGAAGGGACGGUCCCGUACGAAAAGCUUGAUCGCGAUGGGGAUUGCUCUGAGUCAAUGACGCGAAGUAUGUUCACGUGGCUAAGGGACGCAGAUGGUUACCCUGUUGCUGAGAAAGCCAUCCGUGAACAUGAGUGGAUUGCUGAUGAAUCAAGCUCAGACGAGGAAGGUGAUAUAGCUGAAGGGGACGGUGGCUCACACGGGCCUGCUGCCCCAAAAGCCCCCAUGAGCCAGAGAAAAGCGUUAGUGGCCGAUCGCUGUGGAUUCCGGAUCGACGAGGUGGGCGAGGUGGCGUGUGUGCGAUGA